UCUUGAACGCAACCUCUGAAUUGCCAGACGUCACGAGAGAGUCGGUACUUUGGGCGGUGUUUAAUACUGCACACUUGUGCACAGACAGCCAGCUCAACUCUUCAUGCUAUAUUCUUGUUGUCUUAAAAUGGACACGUUGAUGUUUGUCUGUUUGCAUCUCGUCUGGUUAUUUUCGGAAAACAAGAGCUGAUGAUCUCGUCUUGCUUGCAGCCUGCGUCUGUGAGUGCUGUGUACGGUCACUAACCAGCAAGCAUGAGGGAAAUUGGGCAGGGAGUUGGUGCAAAGAGAUCGUCUUAAGGGAAGAAAGACAGCUUGAUUACUUUACAUUUAUCUCUUUUCAAUGCCUUGGCCAAGAUGAGCGUGAAGGCCUUUGAGCUCAUCCCGGCUGUGGAGCGGGACCUCCUCAUGGGAGACAAGGCUCGCAUCAACAUUGAAUGUAUUGAAUGCUGUGGAAAACACUUGUAUGUGGGAACCAAUGACUGCUUCAUCCACCACUUCCUGUUGGACGAGGUCACUUCCCCCAAAGGGACGCUGACUUACUCAACUCAGAAACUGCUCCACAAAUACUUGGGCCUUAAGAAGCCAGUGGCUGAGCUGCGGGCUGCCUCUGCUUUGGAGCGUCUCAUAGUGCUUUGCGAUGGAACAGUUUUUCUUGUGGACAUGGUGACUCUCGAAAAUGUGCCGUCAACGGCCGGAGGUGGUGCCAGAAUUAAAGGUGUGACCACUUUCUGCAUUAAUGAGAAUCCGGUGAACGGUGAUCCUUUCUGCAUGGAAAUGGGUGUCCUUUCCUUCAAGCGUAGGACAGUGCAAAUUUACAUGGUCUAUGAGGACAGGGUACAGCUGGUGAAAGAGGUGAGCACGCCGGAGCAACCCUGUGCUGUCAGUCUCGAUGGUUACUUCCUGUGUCUAGCGUUGGCUACGCGGUACGUGAUCUUGAACUACAACACAGAAGCCGCCCAAGAACUUUUCCCUUACAACAGUGAAGAGCGGAGACCAAUUGUAAAGAGGAUUGCCCGGGAGGAGUUCCUCCUGGCGGCUCCGGGUGGUCUUGGAAUGUUUGCCAACGCUGAAGGGGCUUCGCAACGGGCUCCCGUCAACUGGUCUGAGACUGUCAUGGGUGCUGCUGUUUGCUUCCCAUAUGUGGUGGCCUUGGAUGAGAGCUUCAUUACCAUCCACAGCAUGUUGGAUCAACAGCUAAAACAGACACUUUCAUUCAGGGACGGACACAUUCUGCAAGACUUUGAAGGGAAGGUCAUUGUAGCAUCCACUAAAGCGGUAUAUGUUCUGGUGCCCCUGCCGCUUGAGAGACAGAUCCAGGACUUACUGGCCAGCUGCAGAGUGGAGGAAGCACUUGUCCUUACAGAGGGAGGACAGAGAAAUAUACCCAAAGAAAAGUUCCAGGUUUUGCACAAAAGAAUCAUGCAACAGGCUGGCUUCAUACAAUUUGGCCAACUUCAGUUCUUAGAAGCAAAGGAAAAUUUCAGGAAAGGCCAGCUGGAUGUGCGUGAGCUAAUUUCUCUUUACCCGCUGCUUCUGCCAACUUCAUCUUCCUUCACACGCUGCCACCCUCCUCUCCAUGAGUUUGCAGAUCUCAACCACCUGGCACAGGGUGAUCACAAAAAAGUGAUGAAGUGGAAGAAAUUCCUGAUCAGUUAUUUGACAGAGGUCCGAAGCACAGAGGUGGCCAAUGGUUGUAAAGAGGAUGUGGACACUGCGUUGUUAAAAUUGUAUGCUGAACAGGAUCAUGAGAGCCUUCUUGACCUGCUAGCGUCAGACAAUUCCUGCCUGCUUGCAGAUUGUGUCCCGUGGCUGGAGAAAUAUCACAAAUAUUUUGCACUCGGGCUGCUUUACCAUUGUAAUGGCCAAGAUUCAGCAGCACUUCAGAUGUGGAUUCGUGUUGUAGACAAGGAACUGCAGGAUUCUACAAGACCUGAUCUCUUUGAGUACAUUGUAGAUUUUCUCAGCUCCACUGCCGAUCUGAACCUUGUGUGGAAGUAUGCAAACUGGGCCCUACAGAAAAAUCCCACUACAGCUGUCAACAUCUUCACUAAGCGGCCUGUUGGUAAAAACCAGUCAGACCUGAAGCCUGACGAUGUCGUUACAUACCUGGAAAAGCAAAGGGAGGCUCUUCUUGUCUACUUGGAGCACCUUGUGCAUGAAAGACGGAUUGAGGAGGAACAAUUCCACACAUUUCUGGCAGACUUAUACGUGGAGAGGGUCUUAUCUUUAGUAUCUGAGUCUCCGAUCAAUGAAGAAGAGCUCAAGAGAGCCAGAGAGAAGCUCCAGGUGCUCCUCAGGGAGUCAAAUCUGUAUAGUGUUCAGUAUAUUUUAGAUAAGAUGGAAAACUGUGAACUACUGCUGCUAGAGCGUGCAACUCUAUAUGGAAAAUUGGAGGACCAUGAUAAAGCACUCCACAUUUUAGUGCACAAGCUAGGAGACUUCCAAUCUGCCGAGGCCUUUUGUAUUUGGACCUCAUCUUGUCGGGAUUCUGCUUACCGACAGGAGUUGUUCCACCUACUCCUGGCAAAGUAUCUUGACAAAAGUGCCACUGGAAAAUUCCAGUCGUCAGUUUGCAAUAACAGUGGAGAUCUAGAAAUGGCAGCAGUGGACCUCCUGAAUCGUCACGGAGAGUUGUUUGAUCCCAUUCGUGUGCUCAGGAUGCUGCCAGAUGGCUGGUCGCUGCAACUGCUACGCCCUUUUUUGGGUCAAGCCAUAAGAGCUAGUAUGCAUGCGUCACGCACAUCCCAGAUUGCACUCGGGCUCGCCCACUCUGAACACCUUCAACUACUGCACGACAAGUUGAAAGAGACAAAAAAGCCAAUUGCAGUGUCUGCAAAGAAGGGAUGCCACUUAUGCCACAACACCUUCAGUGACACAGAAGUGGUGUGCCUCCCUGGUGGUGUGCCUGUCCACACACAUUGUUUUGCCCAAAGAGUUAGAGACUCCCCUGCAAAAAGACAGUUUACUAACAGCAGGAACCACACGUGAGCACUGGUCCAUCACACGUCACAGGAUUUUUGACUGGAAGCACCAGAAUGAAGCAGGAUGUUCUGGCUUUUGGGAAAGGCUGCUCAGCCUCUCUUGCUGUGGUCAGGUCGCUCAUGGAGUCUGCAAGAAGAACUAAGACAGCUAUGUUUUCGGGAGAAGAGGAAAGUAGAGAUGUGAGAAGAGAUUGUACGCUGUGAGGGUGUGACGCGGCUCAACGUAUUCAGAAUUUUAACAAGGUCAAAGCCAAAUGAGCUCCCUUAAUAAUGUAAUCAAAUACAAGAUGAACUCCUACACACAUCUGGAGCGUCUCUAUUGGUUUGUUCUUUUUCGCUUCCACGCAGUGACUGAGGUUACUACAGGUCGUAGUGUCUUAGUUCUAUUGCAAAUUAUUUUUAUGGCACAAUUAUUCAAAUCCAUAUUCGUCUUAUUAAUCCAACACGCGUAAUGCAGAUUUGGAUACUAAAUUGAAAUGUAUACUGCAUUAGGCCCAGUAAUUCAGAUACUUUUGUUACCCUUUACCCUUUCCCUUGAAUGUCCUGGUUGUUAUAAUUGCACUGUAUGUUGUAAUUGAGUGUUUAUUAAGUUGAUUUUGAUGCGUACAUCUUAACAGUUUUGCUUUUCCCUCCUUAUGAUUUAGUUUAUUUCUCAUUUGUAAAUCAUUGCUGUGCAAAUGACAAAAACUUUAAUUUACAAUUAAAAAAAACGGGUUUGAAAUGCAAAACAGUAAUCAUUCCAUUGUUUCUUAAUUUGGGGUCUUAUGUAGAAAAUCUGUGAGUAAGUAAUUAAUUACUUAAAAAAAAAUCAUAAUGGAUGAUGAGUUUGUCUUAUACUACGUUUAAGCACAGGAGGGGAAUUGUAGGAAGAUAAAACCAAUACUUGGAUACUGAAGGAUUCUACUCGUCUGAACAAUGCAGACACCACUCCUAAUUCAGUUAAAUUACCGCAAAUCCUUUUAUAAUGGCAAUGUUGUACUUUCUCUUAAAAAAAUAAAUAAAUAUGGAUUGGCCUGUAAACCACAAUACUGUGUACAAACUCUUCAUAACUCUUUACAGUCUGGAAUGAAGGGUUGUGUUUUAAUUCCUCUAAAAUUAGUUGACUUUUUUUCCCUCUCAAAGGCAUGUACUCCAAAACAUUCUCAAGAGUUUAAAAUUGCCCUAAUUAAUUGGUGUCAUUGUAACUACAGAACUACUUGUCAAGUUUUUUUUAGGAUAAAGGCACAAACAAAAGUUACCUACUUUAGUACAUUUCAUGAAUCCAUCAUCAUCAUCAUGACCUGACUUAAAAUUAUUGGAAUAAAAAAAGACUGUUGUCCUUUUUAUGUUCUGUUAUAUAGAUAUGGCAUUUUUUUAAACCUUUUGUCACUGCAAAUCAACUAAAGUGGAGAUGGAAUGCUUAAUCUACAAACCCAUCUGAUGUAAUAAAUAUGAAACUGAACACUCCAUCUUGGUGGCUUGAAUACCAUGCAUUUGCACCUAAAAAAAAAUGUUCUGCUGGAAUGAUGUACCUGUGACAUAUGCACUGUGACCCUCCUACUUUAGGGAGUAUAUUUGCAUUUCUGAU